AUGGAUCAGCAAACUAUUGUAAUAGCUUGCUCAACAUGCACAUCAAGAUUUAAUCUAUCGGAUACUAAUAUCUCGCUUAAGGAAUUUGCCUUAAUGUCUUUAGAUGACAACUUUUCGUGGGAAUGUAGCGAUUGUAUAAAAAGAAAUUGCAUAUCAUCGCCUAAUUGUUCUCAAAGUGUUCAUGUCCAGUCUUUAAAUGACAAGAACGAAGCCAGGUCGUCAGUGAAGAAGGUUGACCUUUUGUCUGAGAUUCUCAGUUUACGGCAAGAGGUAUCUAAUCUAAGGGAAUGUCUUAAUAAAGCGACUUCUCUUAUGACGAACUUGAACUGUAAGUUAAUGACAUGUACUAGUCAAGUAUUAGCCCUUAAUGAUGUGUCGAAGAUAUCAUCUACUCCUUGCUCGCAACCCUCAAUGACCUCACAGGAUAAGUUGACAUCAGUGCCACCCAAGAUGCCCAAAGGGAAGAAAAAGCAAAAAAAGAUAUCAUCAUCUUUUUGCCAGCGUAGUUCUGAACUGGCAGCGCAACAGAAGCCUGCUGUCCAUACCUGUUCCGAAAAUCCUCAACAAAACUCAUCCAGCAACACUCAAAUUAAAUCCCGACAUAAUCCACUAUUAGAGGGUACCGCAGGACCUAGCGUUACAUUUCUAAAAGCGGUUGAACCUCGCAAACAUUUGCAUUUGUGGAAUAUGGAAUCGAAUGUUGAUGACAUACGUCAAUAUCUAAACCAAUUGUGUCCAGGAAAAAACUGUACUGUGGAAGAGCUUAAAUCGAGAGAUAUAUUAUAUCAAAAUGUUCGUGGCCUAAAAACUAAGCUCACCAGUUGGAGAAAUAGUAUUGCCGCGCUUGACAACCACUUGAUAGCGGUUACCGAGAGUUUUUUGGAUGGCUCCGUUGAAGACCAAGAAUUGAUCUGUGUGGGAUGGAGUGUCUUACGCCGCGAUAGGAAAACUCCAUGUGGUGGCGUUUUAAUCGCUGCUCGUGCCCCUAUUCUUUUGAAACAUUGUAAAGAACUUCAGACCGACGCGGGCGAAGAUCUUUGGGCUAGUUUUGUGUGGCUUGGCCGAAAGAUUUUUGUUUGCGUAGUGUAUAUAAAGCCGUCUGCGGGUGAUAGCGAAUAUAUGGCAUGGUUCUGUAAAGUCGAGAGUUUCAUCCAUAGUCUCAAAGCAUUUACCGUUAUUAUUCUAGAACAUAAUACUGUACCUAACUGUCAUGGAAGAUUUUUAGAUGUAAUUCUUACACGGGAGAGCGAUGAGGUGCGAGGAAUAACCGUUAUGGGUACGGCGGGCCUAGUUCCACCUGAUUUGUACCAUCCGCCAUUAAAUAUAGAGAUUUUGUUUAAUUUCGUACGUCAUUCCGAUUCUAUUGCACCUAGUAAUAUAGAUUCUGCAAAAGAUUGGAACUUUAAGAAAUGUGACUUUCAACAAUUACAACGUUAUCUCAGUCAAGCUUCUUGGACUAAUGUAUUGCAAGCGAGUGACGUUGAUAAGGCUUGCGAACAUUUCUAUUCUACACUUUACGACAUCUUCGAUCUUUGUGUACCCAAAAAACAUCGGAGAUCCAAAUGUCAUCGUUAUCCGGUGUGGUUUACAAAUGACAUCAUCAGAGAUUUAAGACGGAAGGUUAAGUUGCAUGCAUCCUGGAAACGCUUGAAAUCCAACGAGGCUUACAUUGUUUUUUCUCAGCUUCGAUCAGAAUUAAAAACUCGUAUUGAUCAAGCUUACUUAAAUCAUUUAGGAGUAAUUGAAGAAGACCUUAAAUUGAAUCCAAAGAAGUUCUGGUUGCAUAUAUCGAGCUUACGCUCUAAGGGGGGUUUUGAACCGCAAGUCUCAUACCGUGGCUUGAUCUACUCGGGGCGAGAAGCGGCUGGUGCAUUUGCUUCUUUCUUUAGCAAUGUGUUUUUAUUUGAUCCGCCUCUGUUGGAUUUUGAGAACUGUAAUAACAGCGAUGGCACUUGUCUUAACGAUAGUAUUGAUAUUGUUGGUCUAACUUUAAAUGACGUCAUUUCUGGUAUUAAACAAUUGAAAUCUAACAGUUCCAUUGGGCCUGAUGGUAUCCCGCCAGAUUUCAUUAAAAUAUAUAGAGAUGUCUUCUCUGUUCCACUACAUCAUAUUUUUAAUGUUUCUCUGACGUCCGGAAUCUAUCCUUCAAGAUGGAAACUUUCAAGGGUUACUCCCAUUCCUAAAAGCUCCAAUAAAGCAAUGGUGGAGGAGUACCGACCUGUUGCUAUUUCCUCGUCACCAGCUAAACUAUUCGAAAAGAAGAUGGUUUUGGGGAAGGCUUUAAGUUUUUUACCUUUGUUGCUUCUUUCUUGCAACUUUGCUUCAGCUAAGGUUGCACCUGAUUACAUCAAACCCUGCCCUGGGCUUACAUCGGAAUGUUUGCAGAAGAAUAUCCUAGAAACAAUACCCCUGUUUGUGAAGGGAAUUCCGAGUAUUGGAAUUAAUUCCUCAGACCCGCUUUACCAAGAGCGGGUGGACCUUGAACUACCUGGAGGCUUGCAAAUACAUUUUAAGGAUGGUGUUCUCACGGGGUUUAGGAAAUGUGUUGUGGAAUCUGUUAAUUAUGCGGACUUGGAGUCGAAUUUGUCUCUACGCUGUAAUUUAACUGUGAAAGGAAAGUAUACGGCAACAGGGAGAAUAUUAAUUGUAUCAAUAAAUGGGGAUGGAGACGCGAAAAUUAAAACACCAAACAUUCGUUUCGAUGCAAAGCUCAAAUUUGAAGACGUAACACGGGAUGGUGUAGUAUACAGACAAGUUAAGGACUACAAAGUAAAAUACCGAUUUGGAGACAGAGUCACUUUUUCAUUCACCAAUUUGUUCAAGGGAAACCCACAACUGAGUGAAACAGUUCUGCUUUUCCUGAACGAAAAUUGGAAGCAAGUUGUAGACGAAUUUGGGAAACCUGUUGUCGAUACAAUUAUAAAAGCAACAUUUGAUAACAUCAAACGUUUCUUCGAAAAGAUCCCGAAAGAUGAACUCAUUGUGGAUUGA